AUGCGCUCCGCCGCCGCGGUCGAGGGCAUCUCCCUGCUCAAGUCGGGCUGCGUGGCUGUAAAGUUUGGGGAGCAGGGCACGCCGCACGCCACCACCUUCACUCUGUCGCUGGACGAGCGCACGCUCUCAUGGGCGGCGCGCGGCGUCGUGUCCGUCUUCAAACGCUACCGCGGCCGCCUCUCGGCGCCGGGUCGCGACCACCUCUCCCUGUCGCUGCGCUUCCACGAGGGCGGCAGCGGCGCGUCGGCCUCGUCCUCUCCGCCAGCGCAGUACAAGGUCCGUGGAGGCAUCGGCCCUGCAGGCGGAGGCGUCGAGCCCGGCAGCCGGCGCGAGUCGCUCGACGUCUCCUUCGACGACGAGGUCACCUUUGGCCUCUGGCCCGCCGGCACGGCCUUUGGGCUCGGCACAGCCUAUGACAACCCGGGGCGGGUUUGCGGCCGCAGCGGCUUCGGGCGCUGCUAA